AUGGUUCCGGAUGAAGAGAGGGUUAACAACCGGUUUUCUUUGGUUGUUAAGGUCUUUUCGGAGCGUACUGUGAGCCUGAGGGCUAUGAGAGGAAUGAUUCGAUCAGCUUGGGUGGACAACUUCAAGCCAAAACUCCAAGAGAUGCCGAUUAUCCAGCCUGUUGUUGAGAAUAUCUUCACCUUGGAUUUUGAGAAAAGAGAGGAGAUGGAGGCUAUAUGGAAGGAGCGCCCUUCCCCUAUUUCUGGCACCCUGAUGCAGCUGAAGAGGUUGUCUGGUCUCGAAAAUGCUCAAAAUAUCAGCUUCAAGAUGGUUGAGUUCUGGGUGCAAAUCCAUAACCUUCCCGAGGCCUACAGAACGGAGAAUAACAUUGCUAUGGUCAGCAGAAUGUUCCAUAAAGUGAUUGAGAUCGAUCAAGCAGCCUUUCAAGCACAAAUCUACAGAAAGUUUGUAAGGGUUUUUGUCGAAAUCGAUACAUCCAAGACAAUCCCAGAUGGUUUUUACAUUCGACAUCAGCAGAAAAGGAUUUGGAUCAAGUAUAAGUAUGAGAAGCUCUUUUCACUUUGCUAUUUCUGUGGAGGAAUCGAGCAUACCAGAUCAGAGUGCGGGCUGAGAAGGAAGAACGAAGAAGAAGGGUUGCCGCUCCCUUCGAUACAGAGAUGGCGACCAUGGACCAGAGCUAGCUCCCCACUGUUCUCGCCAAGAACCAGUCAACAACAAGUAGGUGAGGCAUAUCUAAAUAGAGCUGCGACGUCGACAUCGAACUCACCGGGAGGAUUCCAGAUCCAGUCACCGCCGACCACCGGAAUGGGUACCACCCGAAGUCUCAAUCAGAUGGCCCCACUUUCCUCGAUGAUAUCGCCUGCUCCAAAUCAGUCACCACGUUCGAGUUUCGCUCAGAACUUUUCAUUCCCACCCACAACGGAUCUAUUCCCAACUCCCAACUCUUUCUUACCCUCUCCCCAAAGCUACUCCCAGUUUGGUCAGAGCCUUGGAGUGAUAUCAUCCCCAUCUCAAGGUACCAACAUGUCAAGGAAUCUUUUCGGUUUUCCUUCUGGUGCCCCAUUUCCUAACUCCAUCCCUCAAAUACCUAGCUACCAGGACCCGCUACCAGGCUUUAUUACUUCUAACCAAAGCCCAUUACCAUAUCAAGCCCAUGCAAACUACAUAUUCAACCAAAACUACUUCCACUCCAGCCCAAGCGGUGCCUAG